AUGGGGCCAGGCGGCGGCUGCGACGGGGUGGGGUUCUCGCUAGGACCCAGAAGGGAGCUGGGCGGGGGCGAUGGCUGGAUCCUGGCAGCAGGAAGUGAAUCGCAGUCGCUCCGGUUGUGGAAGAGCGACCUCGUGGCUGUCGUGAUUGUCCCGUCCUCCCAGGGGCCGGUGACCUUCGAGGAGGUGGCUUUGUAUUUCACCCAGGGCCAGGGGUCUCUGCUGGACCCCACUCAGAGAGCCCUCUAUAGGGACGUCAUGCAGGAGAACUACGAAACAGUGACCUCCUUGGGAUUUCCCCUUCCCAAACCUGAGCUGAUCGCCCGGCUGGAACGAGGGGAAGAGCCGUGGGUGCCAGAUCUCGACAGCUCUGCAGAAAGGGAGAUCUCAAGAGGUGCCCGUACAGGUGAUGAGACAGUGAGUCAGAAUGAGGAGAAUCCAGAGCUGGAAGGUCCUGAGCAGGUGGAACCGCAUGAGAUGUUCUCAGAGAGAUCCAAAGGGAACAUUUCCCAGAAGAGGGAGCAGGAAAAAACCUGGAAGAGUCUGUGCAUGUCAGAAAGGCAGCUGGGAAUCCAGCCAGGGGACAAAGCAGGCAGAUCCAUUUUUUGUGGGGGAGGAGGAUUCAAGGAUCUUAAGGGAACCACAGCCCAGCAGAGAAUCCGCCUGGGAGAGAGAAAAAACAGUUGCACGGCCUGUGGGAAAAGCUUCAGCCGGCGCUCAAACUUUAUUUCCCAUCAGCGAAUUCACACGGGAGAGAGACCCUAUACGUGCUUGGAGUGUGGGAAAAGUUUCAUUCAAAGCACACAGCUGAUCAGGCAUCAGAGAGUGCACACAGGAGAGAAGCCCUAUAAAUGCCUCCAGUGCGGGAAAAGUUUCAAUCAGAAUUCACACCUCAUUAGACACGAGAGGCUGCACAGGGGAGAGAAAUUGUAUAAAUGCCCCGAGUGCGGGAAAAGCUUCUAUCAGAGUUCGGGUCUUACCUCACAUCAGAGAAUCCACACUGGACAGACGCCCUUCGAAUGCCUAGAGUGUGGGAGAAGUUUCGAUUGGCGCUCACGGCUUAUUGCGCAUCAGAGAAUUCACACAGGAGAGAGACCGUAUAAGUGCCCGGAGUGUGGGAAAUGUUUCAUUCACAGCUCAGAUCUUCUUUCCCAUCAGAGAAUCCACACAGGAGACAGACCCUAUAAAUGCCCCCAGUGUGGGAAAAGCUUCAAUCACAGCUCAGAUCUUCUUUCCCACCAGAGAAACCACACAGGAGAAAAACCCUACAAAUGCCAGGACUGUGGGAAAAGUUUUAAUCGGAGCGCUCACCUGUUUAGACACCAGAGACUGCACACGGGGGAGGAAUCUUACAAAUGCCCCAGCUGUGGGGAAAGCUUCAGUCAGCUCUCAGAUCUUAUUUCACAUCAGAGAAGCCAUACGAGUGAGAAAUCCUAUGAAUGCCUCGACUGUGGGGAAAGGUUAAGUGACAGGUCGGCUCUUAAUAGACAUCGCCGAACCCACACAGGGGAGAAACCCCAUAAAUGCCUUGACUGUGGGAAAAGUUUUGAUUGGAGCUCGAACCUCAUUGUGCAUCGGAGAAUUCACACGGGAGAGAAACCCUAUAAAUGCCCAGUGUGCGGGAAAAGCUUCAUUCGGAACUCGCACCUCAUCCGACAUCAGAGGCUCCACGCGGGAGAGAAGCCUUGAACGUGUCUGCUCUGCAUUCAGAACGCACCACUGCGGGGGACUGAUUUCUAUGGUGCUCCAUCGUGGGCAGCCUCGAAAAGCCUAGAAGCCUAAGAAUCCCACUACAGCCUGAGCAGCAUCAGCCUCCAAGGGCUGGUCUGGACUUGGGAAGGGGGUUAGCGUUAGCUAGCAUGACCCCAACUCCGACCAAACCUCCCUCGCUGUUCCUAGUGUCGGCUGACUCGGAGUGUCUCAUUUGUACGGUUCCCCCCCCUUUAGUCAAGUGAUUGUGAGUCCCCAAAUUCCCCCUUCAGAGACAGAUUGGCUUCUUCCCAGUCGUUCUGAUGAUGCCCAAUGCCGUUCUGAAGAGCUGCCAUUUCUUGGGUACCUUUUUCCUUUUAUAAAACGUAAGUGAGUAGAGAGCUGGAGCAGAGAGAGAAAAAUGUGCUCACAGCCUCCGUGUUACAUAAAGCAAACAGGGUGAGUGGUGGAGUGGGGAUUCCCUCCUUCCUCCCUCCAUUGUCACAGUCCCCCUUGACGCAGGAGACCUGAAGAGUUUAUCCUCCCCCGUUCUCCCGCUCCGCUUCUCCCAGUGUCUCGUGACACAGUGCUGUCAGCUCUCCGUGCUCAGGAGUCACACCUUGACUUGUUUGAGCCACAAUCAGACCGAUGAGGGCUGGAGAGGCAAGUGUCAGAGACCUGGAGGGAGAAUUUGAAGGAAUCCCCAAGCCAGCAUAGCUGUUCUGAGCUUACAUCCACGUGCCAAGCUGUUGGUAAAACGCUAGAUCCUCGAAGGGACAUUGGCAUGUUAAGUUCCUAAAUCCAACACCCAGGCACCACUGAGCUUCUCAAAAGUGCUGCUUGGCUACUGCCUAACCCUGCAGGUGCCUGCAUUCCCUAGGGGCCUAAACUCCUGCCUGUAAAGUCCUCUGGGCGGCUAAGUUUCAAGAGGUCAUCUAUGCCCUCCCUCCUUGCUGAGGCAGGAUUAAAUAUACCAAGACCAUUCCUGACAGGUCUUUGUCCUCCGUGGUCUUAAACACCUCCAUUGAUGGGCAUUCCAUAACCUUCUUAGGAAAAUUGUUCUAGUGCUUAACAGCCCUUAGAGUCAGCAAGUUUUUCCUAAUAACUAACCUAAAUCUCCCUUUCUGCAAAUUAAGUUGAUUACAUCUUGGCCUGCCUUCUGUGGACAUGGAGAAAAAUUGAUCCUCCUCCUCUUUAUAAACAGCCCUUAGCAUAUUGGAAGACUGUUAUCUUAAUGGGCAGCAGGUUUAAAACAAAUAAAAGGAAAUUCUUCACGCAGCACACAGUCAACUUGUGGAACUCCUUACCUGAGGAGUUUGGGAAGGCUAGGACUAUAACAGCGUUUAAAAGAGAACUGGAUAAAUUCAUGGAGGCUAAGUCCAUUAAUGGCUACUAGCCAGGAUGGGUAAGGAAUGGUGUCCCUAGCCUUUGUUUGUCAGAGGGUGGAGAUGGAUGGCAGGAGAGAGAUCACUUGAUCAUUAUCUGUUAUGUUCACUCCCUCUGGGGCACCUGGCAUUGGCCACUGUCAGUAGACAGGACACUGGGCUAGAUGGACCUUUGGUCUGACCCAGUCUGGCCGUUCUUAUCAGGUCUCCCCUCAGCCUUUUCUUCUCUCGACUAACCAUGCCCAAUUCUUUCAACCUUUCCUACUAAGUCAGGAUUUCUCAACCUGUUAUUUUUGUUGCUGUCCUCUGGUCUCUAUCUAAUCUGUUUGUAUGUUUCUAAUAUGGACACGGGACACGGUUCUCCAUCUGAGGCCUCAUCCGUGCCGAGUACUUUGGAGCAGUUAUCUCCCAAGCCUUGCAAGCGAUGCUCCUGUUAAUACAUCCCAGAUGAUAUUUGUCUUUUUCACAAAGGCAUCACACAGUGGCAUUGCAGAGCAUGCCCAGCCCGCAGGAAAAGUGCUUCCUUGUUGAAGAGAGAUCUCUCGAGAAGUCUUCAGGAGAACAGCCUAGAGCAGUGGUUCUCAACCUGUUUACUGUUCUGGGCUGCAUAUGCAGCUCUCUCUGUGUUUCAUGGGCUGCAUCUACACAGUAUAUAUAUGACCUGUCUGGCCCAGGGCCACCCGGGCGGAGGGGAAAGUGGGGCAAUAUGCACCAGACCCUACAGGGGCCCCCACGAGAAUAUAGUAUUCUAUAGUAUUGCAACUUUUUUUUAUGGAAGGGGCCCCCGAAAUUGUUUUGCCCCAGGCCCCCUGAAUCCUCUGGGUGGCCCUGGUCUGGCCCUGAGGAUGUCACAUGGGCUGCAGCUGUGUCCUGAUUGGGCCUCGAGUUGAGAACCACUGAUCUAGAGUCAAUUACUGAUUAUCUCCUAGGGGUCUGUAGUGGGACCGGUGCUGUUCAACAUAUUCAUAAAUGAUCUGGAAAAAAGGGUAAACAGUGAGGUGGCAAAAUUUGCAGAUGAUACAAAACUGCUCAAGAUAGUUAAGUCCCAGGCAGAGUGUGAAGAGUACAAAGGGAUCUCACAAAACUGGGUGACUGAGCAACAAAACGGCAGAUGAAAUUCAAUGUUGAGAAAUGCAAAGUCAUGCACAUUGGAAAACGUAAUUGCAACUAUACAUAUAAAAUGAUGGGGUCUAAAUGAGCUGUUCCCACUCAAGAAAGAUGUUGGAGUUAUCAUGGAUAGUUCUCUGAAAACAUCCCACUCAAUAUGCAGCGGCAGUCAAAAAAGCCAACAGAAUGUUGGGAAUCAUUAGGAAAGGGAUAGAUGAUAUAGAAAAUGUCAUACUGCCUCCAUAUAAAUCCAUGGUACUUCCACAUCUUGAAUACUGCGUGCAGAUGUGGUCACCCCAUCUCAAAAAAGAUAUAUUGGAAUUGGAAAAGGAUCAGAAAAGGGCAACAGAAAUUAUUAGGGGCACGGAACGGCUUCCAUAUGAGGAGAGAUUAAUAAGACUGGAACUUUUCAGCUUGGAAAAGAGACGGCUAAGGGAGGAUAUGAUAGAGGUCCAUAAAAUCAUGACUGGUGUGGAGAAAGUAAAUAAGGACGUGUUAUUUACUCCUUUGCAUAACACAAGAACUAGGGGUCACCAAAUGAAAUUAAUAGG